GGAAGAAAUCAUCGGAUUUUUAUUUUUCAUUGAAGAAAAAAAUGUUUAAAUGCCUUCCAUGUGCCAAGCACUGUGUCAGGUGGGAGAUGACAGCUCCAUGCAGCCUCUGUCGGGCUGUUUUCCUCCGCUUUCCCUACCCCUAGUUUUCCCCCUUCCCAAACAAGAUUUUGUGGUUCGUGGCUUGUCCAGGCAAGCAGGCCGUUGGGGGCCUAGACGGUGAAUCCCCCUCUCUUCCGGGCCGCUCUUCCCUUUUCUGGGCUGCAGGAGAGCAGGAACUCUGGGGCGAGAUCCCGCCGCUUGACGCUCACUGCAGAAGCCGGGUCCCUGGACCUGUCUCUGCCCAACGCGGGGUCGCAACGGUCACGCCUCCUCACCCAUCCCCGCCGGCUUCAUGAACAAUGUCGGCCGCCGCCCCUCCCACCUUUGGCGUCACAUUCAAAACAAUCCUUUGACUGCAACUCCCAGAAGGCCGAGCGGCUGAGAGAGGGCACCCGCUCUCGGUUGUUCCGGAAAACUACACGUCCCAAGGGGCAGCGCGCUAUCGCGUGUCCUUUCACAGCGCGAGUGCGGAACUGCGUUUGUUUCCGGCGUGGGUACGGACAAGAACCGCUUGUAGUUUGGUUUAAGUUCUGCACGGGAGGACCUUCUGGGUUUACCUGUUGGGCUCCUGGCUGUGCAGUUUACGAAGUGCUUUUUUUCCUCCCACAAUUCCUAUAAACCCCAAGAACACAGUACUUGAGGAAUUGUGCUUCCAGUCGACAGCUUCAGAGGUUCAAAGAAGUUAAGUGCAGCAGCUACACGGAAGAGAUGGGGGAAGAGGCUAAUGAUGACAAGAAGCCAACCACUAAAUUCGAACUAGAGCGAGAAACAGAACUUCGCUUUGAGGUGGAGGCAUCUCAGUCAGUUCAGUUGGAGUUGUUGACUGGCAUGGCAGAGAUCUUUGGCACAGAGCUGACCCGAAACAAGAAAUUCACCUUUGAUGCUGGUGCCAAGGUGGCUGUUUUCACUUGGCAUGGCUGUUCUGUGCAACUGAGCGGCCGCACUGAGGUGGCUUAUGUCUCCAAGGACACUCCUAUGCUGCUUUACCUUAACACUCACACAGCCUUGGAACAGAUGCGGAGGCAAGCAGAAAAGGAAGAAGAGAGAGGCCCCCGAGUGAUGGUAGUGGGCCCCACUGAUGUGGGCAAGUCUACAGUGUGUCGCCUUCUGCUCAACUAUGCAGUGCGUUUGGGCCGCCGUCCCACUUAUGUGGAGCUGGAUGUGGGCCAGGGUUCCGUGUCCAUCCCUGGUACCAUGGGGGCCCUCUACAUUGAGCGGCCUGCAGAUGUGGAAGAGGGUUUCUCUAUCCAGGCUCCUCUUGUGUAUCAUUUUGGUUCCACCACUCCUGGCACCAACAUCAAGCUUUAUAAUAAGAUUACAUCUCGUUUAGCAGAUGUGUUCAACCAAAGGUGUGAAGUGAACAGAAGGGCAUCUGUGAGUGGCUGUGUCAUUAAUACCUGUGGCUGGGUCAAGGGCUCUGGUUAUCAGGCUCUGGUGCAUGCAGCCUCAGCUUUUGAGGUGGAUGUCGUUGUAGUUCUGGAUCAAGAACGACUGUACAAUGAACUGAAACGGGACCUCCCCCACUUUGUACGCACUGUGCUGCUCCCUAAAUCUGGGGGUGUGGUGGAACGCUCCAAGGACUUCCGGCGGGAAUGUAGGGAUGAGCGUAUCCGUGAGUAUUUUUAUGGAUUUCGAGGCUGUUUCUAUCCCCAUGCUUUCAAUGUGAAAUUUUCAGAUGUGAAAAUCUACAAAGUUGGGGCACCCACCAUCCCAGACUCCUGUUUACCUUUGGGCAUGUCUCAGGAGGAUAAUCAGCUUAAGCUAGUACCUGUCACUCCUGGCCGAGAUAUGGUGCACCACCUACUGAGUGUCAGCACUGCUGAGGGGACAGAGGAGAACCUGUCUGAGACAAGUGUAGCUGGCUUCAUUGUGGUGACCAGUGUGGACCUGGAGCAUCAGGUGUUUACUGUUCUGUCUCCAGCCCCCCGCCCACUGCCUAAGAAUUUCCUUCUCAUCAUGGACAUCCGCUUCAUGGAUCUAAAGUAGAGAUCAGCAGGAAGCCUUGCUGCCUGGGACUUAGAGAUCUGGCCAUCCUAGAGGCAGAUGAGCUGAGAGACUCUUUUGGGGCCACCUGACCAGUAAACUGUGGACUAGUAGAAAGUAUAUAUUCUACCUCUAAAAACAGGUAGUGGUAACCUGACUCUUCUAUUCUUGAACCAAAAGGAAAACCAUGAGACUGUAAUUGGUUUCUUAGCCUAAGAUACCACUUUGAAUUCUCCAAGACCCUGGAGAAUUACAUUUCUUUCACUGUGUUACUAUGUGGUUUUUAAACAUCACUGCUUUCUAUUCCACAUAUGGUACUUACUCAUUUAUCUAAAAUGAAAGUGUGAAUUAGAGGGACUCUUUCCAAUAAAGUUCAAACUUAGAAAAAUUAA